CCGCCGCCGCGCGGCCACGGUGACCCGGUGACAGCGGGCGACAGAGCCCGCGGUACUGGCAGAGAGCAAGCAGCAGGCGCGGUCGGCGCGCCCGGUCCCGGUUCCCGCGAGCAGCUCAUCGCGGCGCCCGGAAGGUUAAGCUGAAACGGCUGCUCAGCUUCCAAGAUGUUGCCACCCAAACUGCAGGCGCUUUUCUGCCUCUGCACCUGCCUCACGCUGGUUCAUCCUUUUUACUGGCAAGACCUAAAUCCUGUUGUCCAUGUUGAAUCAUCAGCGUGGGUCAAUAAACUACAGGCUCUGAUGGCUGCUGCAAGGUUUGGCCAAACUAAAAUCCCCAAAGGAAAUGGAUCUUAUUCCGUCGGUUGUACAGACUUGAUGUUUGAUUACACGAAUAAGGGCACCUUCUUGCGUUUGUAUUACCCAUCCCAAGAUGACGAUCACUCUGACACCGUUUGGAUCCCAAACAAAGAAUAUUUUUUUGGUCUUAGUAAAUUUCUUGGAACACACUGGCUUAUGGGCAAAAUUUUGAGCUUAUUCUUUGGUUCAAUGACAACUCCGGCAGCCUGGAAUUCCCCUCUGAGGACUGGGGAAAAAUAUCCACUCAUUAUUUUUUCUCAUGGUCUUGGAGCAUUCAGGACAAUUUAUUCUGCUAUUGGUAAUGACCUGGCAUCUCACGGGUUUAUAGUUGCUGCCAUAGAACACAGAGAUGGCUCUGCAUCUGCGACUUACUAUUUCAAGGACCAGUCUGCUGCAGAAAUAGGAAACAAGACUUGGCUUUAUCUUAGAACCCUAAAACGAGGGGAGGAGGAGUUUUCUCUACGAAACGAGCAGGUACUGCAACGAGCAAAGGAGUGUUCUCAAGCUCUCGAUUUGAUUCUGGACAUUGAUCGCGGGAGACCAGAGAAGAAUCUAUUAGAUUUAGAGUUUGGUGUGGAACAGAUGAAGGACUCUAUCGAUAGGGAUAAAAUAGCAGUUAUUGGACAUUCUUUUGGUGGAGCCACAGUUAUUCAGAGUCUUAGUGAAGACCAGAGAUUCAGGUGCGGUAUCGCCCUGGAUGCAUGGAUGUUUCCAUUGAGUGAUGAAAUAUAUUCCAGAAUUCCUCAGCCCCUCUUUUUUAUCAACUCAGAACGAUUCCAAUAUCCUUCUAAUAUUAUAAAAAUGAAAAAAUGCUACUUACCUGAUAGAGAAAGAAAAAUGAUUACAAUCAGAAAGAAGAGCUUGUACUUAAUAUUCCCUGUCCUUACAUCCAUUUACUCUGACUUCUGCAGUCUAGCUUCCUGAACCGCUACCAGUGAGCUGAAAAUGGCCCCACUGAGGACACAGGAGUUUCAGUCACCUAUUGGCAGCCUCAGCCUCUCUCUCUGCAUCCCCCCCACCUGUUGACUACCCCCAUUUCUCCUCCCUUAGGUACACUAACCCCACUCUCUCCUGCUUCUCACAUCCCGUAGAUGUCUUCCUCCCUUUCUCCCCCACCCUCUCCUCCUCUCAGGCUAACUCUCCACUGUUGGUGGCAUCCGGGGUUCUGCUCUCAGCUCUGCCGUGACCCUGCCUCUAUUUACCUUUUUUAUACUUUUGACUCUCAAGUUUGGAUUGGGAUGUGGGGAAGAGUGAGCAGAGUCUGAGCCUCGGUUUUACGUGGAGAUACGUAAAAGAAUGGUGGUUUGCUUAUAAGCAGCAAAGUGAAGAGGAAAAGUGGCAUUGGGUGGGACUGGAAAGGUGUGUUUUAGCCUUGGGUAAAGAUGUCUGGCCACAAAUUAGAAAAGUAUAGAAUUUGUAUAUUAUUAAUGAAAUCUAUGGAGGAGAUGAGACCACAAAGUGAGAAAAGAAUUGGUCUAAUAGAAUCUUGAGAAUUUAGGGGAAGAGCCAGUGAAGAACAGAGUAGUUCGGGAAAGGAGGGAAGAUGCGAUGUCAAGGGAAAAAAGGAAAAAAAUGCAAGAAAAUCAAGUGUCACAUGUCCCAGAGGUAGUAGAAAAUGUGCACUAAAAAAUGGCCAUUCUGGGGAGGAGCUUCAAGAUGGCAGACGAGUAAGAUGCGGAGAUCACCCUCCUCCCCACAGAUACAUCAGAAAUACAGCUCCAUGUGGAGCAACUCCUACGGAACACCUACUGAAUGCUGGCAGAAGACCUCAGACCUCCCAAAAGGCAAGAAACUCCCCACGUAGCUGGGUAGGGCAAAAGAAAAAACAGACAAAAGAAUAG